GCGGGCGCGCGGGGCAGCAAUGGCGGCGCCCUCGGCCCCGCCGGCCGCCGCCGCCCUCACGGUGCUGCUCUCGGUCGGUGCCUCCGCGCCCGGGAUGUUGAGGGGUGUCCCCGCCGCCCGCUCCGCCGCCUCGCUGCGCCCCGCUGCCCUGCGCGACGGGGAAGUUCACAGGUUGAUCACCUACAUCUUCAUCUACGAGGACCUGAUCUCCCUGACCUGUGGUGCCGUUAUCAUCUGGUACUUYGCUGGCAGCUUUGAGAAGAACGUGGGCACAGUGAAGCACUGCAUCCUCACCGCCACUUUCUCCGUGCUCUCCGCCCUCCUGUACCUCUUCCUCGAGCCCCUCGUCUCCAGGCUGCUGGAAGUGGGAGAUGCCCAAGGGUUCAUGCCAGUGGCUUUUGCCACGCUGGGGGUUUCCACCACCCGCUCACGCAUGAAGAGGACUAUGGUUUUGGGGUACAGAGUUCCCGUGGUGCUGGUGCCAUGGUUUGGGCUCUGCAUAGCCUGGUUUAUCCCCCACUCUUCUCUCUUGGGUAACCUGUGUGGGCUCCUGGUUGGGGAAGCCUAUGGUUUUGGCUACUGUUUCUGCUUGGAUUUUCCCGAGUCGGUGGGCUCUAAGCUGGACCGRGUGUUCCCUUUCACUCUUCUAAGGAGAAUACCAGGGCUGAAAUACAUCCCAGGGUCCUUAGCAGAGAGGAGAGCUUCUGAAAACUGCAAGAUUAACCCUGUGCCUGGCACUUACCCCACCCAGAGCUACCACUGCCCUUCGCCCCUGGCUGUUCCAGCCUCCCACCACCCCGGUGCUCAGAGCCAGAGCUUUCAUCACAGUUACACUCCAGGAUAUGGCCACKCUCUGGGACACCAGGGAUCUCAGCAGGGCCGUGCUCCAGGACACAGCCUCAGUUCUUCCCACUGCCAAGCCAGAGGUGCCUUUGGAGAGUGUCCUGGGCAGGUCCAUGCUGGAGCCUUGCCAGGACAGUGCUGCCAGCUGGGCAAAUUCUCUGUCCCACAGCACAUGUGCUCGGCUCAUCCACAGCCAACUGCAGCCACGGGCAUUCUGGCUGGUGUUCAGCAAGCACCAGGGGAUCCAGCAGCUCCAGGGGCCYCUGUUCCAGCUGAAUUUAUCAGAGUCCAGGUGAACUGAUCUUCCAGAGAGCAGCAGGAAUUACGCARGGGCAGGACCAUUGUGUGAGGCUUGCCCAGCAGUGCAUUGCUGGCAUCUUUGCUGUGSUGGAAUGGGUUGGUAACUCCAAUGAAGGUCUUUCCCUUGCUCCCUGGCACAGUCCACUUGAAUUAUAUUUGCUUUAUAAUUUUUUUUACUUUUUGAUUUUGCUGGAGGAUGAGAACUGURUCGCCUCUGUGAACUUCUCAUCCUUUUGAAGUCUUUCUUUUUUGCUGCAUGCAGCAGCUGCCUUUUGCCACUGGAAUUCSAGUGCAUCAGCUCCCCAAGCCAAGGUAGGGACCUCAUUUGCAAAACACUGGAUGAAUGUGGGGUUUAACUAGGCUGCAGCAAUAAGCACUCCCAUUUAUACUACUUUUAUACAAGUGUGAUGUAGCUAGGACCCAAAAAAGAGAGGGAAUUGUAGGAGCCUUAAUUUAUAACUUAAGUGGAGGAAGACAGAUGUCUGUUUUACUUGUGUCUUUUCCUCUAGGAGUGUGGCUUGAAGGGGGCUUGUUACACCAAGCUGGGGCAAGAGGAUAGAUACAAAACACUUUUUUCUGCCCCAAAACACAGCUUUAAAAUGCUGAAGGUCCUUGUGAGCUGGAGUCUGAAUGCAUCAACACAUUGCCUUCAUCUUCUAAAGGCACCAGCUCAGCUWGUGUCACCAGCACUUGAUAAGGCAACCUCAAAUGCACAUGAAGCAGUGGGAGAYUCUUCAAUAAGGGAUUUUGGCCCCUUGUGCUUCAAAUGUUUGUUUWUAAAUCCAAGGAGCUGGGAGGAACAUUAACAGUGGGUCAGAAGAAUUAACUGGAAUGUAGCAGUGCUGCUGGGGGUGUUCACRCUGCUCAGCUUUAGAAAUCUCACCCACCAAUAUUAGCACAAGCUCUSUCUGUUUUCUUCAGAGCUGGUGGGCAGGUGUGUGGGAGAGGGGAGUUUUCAGUGAGAGAUUUGCAACAGGAUGCACUGUUUGGUGCUUGUGCUAUAAUGAAGGAGUUCGGUGUAGUUGCUGGGAUCUGAGCUUUAUUCCCAGCUCUGUGGCCCAUUGCACAGUGCCCAGGAGGAAUCUGGUUUUUCUGUGUCUGUAAAACAGCCAGCAUUUCAGCUGCUGCCCUUGACUCUAUUCGGAGUUUUGUUGUGCUUGAGAAACUCCAGCUCCAUGAAGCACAAAGUGUCAUUCCUGCUUUUGAAGAUGUUCCUGCUGUGCCUCACCUGUCCCCAGAAACUCAACAGCCCCGAGGCUCCUCCCUGCUCUCGGGGAGCYUGGCCAGGGGCAGCUCUGGCAGCUUCACGUUCCAAAGCAUGUCCCUGCCUCUUUCAUUUUGCCAUCAUCAGGGUGUGAAGAAGCCCCAUGUUGCCAUCCAGCUGCUUUAUUUAUUCAGCAGCCCCUCUGGACUGACUGCCACAGUCCCAUGUGACAUGCAGGGGCUUCCUUUUGGACAAGACYGAAGUGAAUACUGAGAAUUUACACCUCAGAUAAAUAAGACAGAAGUAAAAAGCUGUUCUUGCAAAGGUGUGCACCCCAGGCAGGGCUUUCAGCAAUUUGGGAACCAACGUGGCCCCCAGCUCCACUGUGGGAUCACAAGUAAACUCGAUUUCAUGGUCCUGUUUCUCCUUCUGACAACAAUUGCAUUGUUACAUUUUUAGUGUGAAGCAAGAGCAGGAUAAGGAGCUUGUUUGGAAUUUAAAAGCAUGUUUUUAAUACCAGGAAAGAAAUGCUAGAGAUAACAUUGAAAUGUUGAUACUCCACUCUCAUUAGUGCCUUGAUUUUCCUCCUUGUGAAAUCCUUGCCUGUAAAUCUAGGAAUUUUAUCACAGAUUUUUCCAGAAGGGCGAUAAGRAUUGACAGCAAUCACCAAUGUUGUGUGUCUCCUAACUGUGAAUUUGAAAUAAAUAAAAUCUGAAAG